UUGAUUGGACAAAGCCAUCUUUUAAAUUAACCCUCACUCAGGUCCCCUUUUCUUCCAUUCUUCAACUCAACCAAAUUCCACAUUUCCUCUCUCUCUCUCUCUCUCUCUCUCUCUCUCUCUAAUGGAGUUAGCUUUGAGCUUAGGAGGGGAUACCCAAAAACCAUUUUCUUUUCUUGAAAAAUCUACUAAUAAUUCUUCGUCACAUGAGGAGCUGCUAACGGGUAGCAAUAAAGAUAUAAGAUUCUGCAUGGGUUUAGGAAAGAGCAAUCCAAAUACAGCUGAACCGGGUUUAACAAAUGGACCGGAAAGAAUGGUGUUGGACAUGAACCGGCGGCCAAUAAUACUGGCAGAGGAGGCGGAAGAAGGGACGGACCUCUCAUCUCCGAACAGCAACAGCGCAGUAUCAAGUUUUCAGAUGGAAUUUUCAUCAAUAUACAGAAGUGGAAUUAGCAGAUCAUUAAUAGGAAAGAGAGAUCAUUUUGAAGCAGGAAAUACAGAAAGAGGAGUUAGUGAUGAAGAUGAAAAUAAUGGUUUAGCUAGAAAAAAACUGAGACUUACCAAAGAGCAAUCUGCUUUUCUUGAAGAAAGUUUCAAAGAGCAUAACACUCUCAACCCUGAAAAGAAUUUUAACAUUUUGCAGAAACAGAAGCUUGCUCUGGCAAAGCAGUUAAACCUUCGGCCUAGACAAGUAGAAGUUUGGUUCCAAAACAGAAGAGCAAGGACGAAAUUGAAGCAGACAGAACUAGAUUGUGAAUAUUUAAAAAGGUGUUGUGAGAAACUGACAGAAGAGAAUAGGAGGCUGCAAAAAGAGCUUCAAGAAUUAAGAGCUUUGAAAUCUUCCCAACCUUUCUACAUGCAACUUCCUGCCACCACUCUCACUAUGUGUCCGUCUUGUGAGCGCGUCGCCACCACCGCCGCCACGGCCGUCCCUACAGCCGCUGCUGCUACCACUACCUCUGCCACGGCCACGGCCAAUGCCGCCGCCACAAACACGACGCUUUCUUUGGCAAAGCCCAAUCUCUUCCCAUUUCCACCUGCACAAAUUCAUCCUCCGCAGGCUGCUUCAUAAGUUUGCAAGUUUAGUGACCUAUAGUUAGUUUUGUACAUAGUUCGGAUUUUGACAUAGGUGAUUCUUGGUUGUGAUUUGCCACUAAUGAUUCUUUUUUACUUUCUUUAAUUAAUUAUACUCUACUGUUUAUGGUGAGCUUUGAACUAAGGAUGAAGUUUGAGAAAGUGUAGUUUGACUAGGAAUUUAGAUGAUAAGAAAAAAGACUGUUGUAUUGCUUGAUAUAAUUUUUUGGAGAAGUUGUUGGAAAAAGAAGUUA